GUGCAAAUCCAUGAAUCCACCAUCGUAAGCUUCACCAAUUGGCCUUGGCAUUUAUCGAUCACGCAUGCUCUUUUCACCAAUAUCAGGUUUCGACACUCACCACUCCUCAGUUUCUAAAACACAGCGGGGGGAAGAGAGAAGAAUAAAAUAAACCGGUCAAUAUUCUGCAUACAACCCCUACUUGGACUCUCAGUUCGCUCGUGGGAGGUGAGAGCUAUAGCCAACAGUCACCUUGUCAUCAAACAACAUCAUUUUCUCCUUACAGCAAAACAACGGCCCAAAUCAAAAUGACUUCCGCCGUCUCUCCAACAGAACCUCAAGGGACACCCUCCCUCUCUGACGGGCUCCUCCACUUCCCCACCUCCUCGGCAUUGAAGCUCGAACCGCAUCUUCCACCGCCGCGUUCAUCACCAUCUCCCACGAUCACCAUGACCAACAGCAACCCCAACCAAAAGCCCUUUGUAACCCUGACCUUCGCCACUUCCCUCGACUCCUCUCUCUCCCUCGCGCCCGGUGUCCGCACCACCCUAUCCGGCCCGCAAUCCAAAGCCAUGACGCACUUCCUACGCUCUCGCCAUGCCGCCAUCUUAGUGGGAGUUGGAACCGCCGUGGCUGAUGAUCCGGGGCUUAACUGCAAGAUACUUUCCCCUUUGUCCUCUUCGCCAGAAGGGGUAGGAAAUGGAAAGCGGGAACAGCAUCCUAACCAGCCCCGACCUAUCAUCCUCGAUCCAUCUGCGCGGUGGGAGGUCUCAGAGAAGAGUAAAGUUGUCCAGCUUGCUAGACUGAAACAGGGAUUGGGGCCGUUUAUUUUUACCGCGAAAGAGGUGGGGGAGGUGCCGGAGGAGAGGAGGGCGGUGGUGGAGGGGGUUGGGGGAAAAUAUGUGCGUGUUGAGGGUUUGAAACUCAAGGGCGAGGGCAAGGGCGAAGGGGCAACGAGUAGAGAAAGUUUUGCCUGGGCUGAUGUGCUGCGGACGAUUAAGGAGGAAGGCUUGGAUAGUGUGAUGAUAGAAGGGGGAGGAAGUGUGAUUAAUUCGUUGCUGUCGCUGGAGCAGGCAGGAGAGCAGGAGUUGGUGGACUCGGUGAUUGUCACAAUUGCGCCGACGUGGUUGGGGGCUGGAGGAGUGCUGGUUUGCCCUCCGAGGGCGGUAGGGAGGGAUAGGCAGCCGGCGCCGCCGGUGAGACUUAGGGAUGUGUCGUGGCAACCGUUGGGGGAGGAUGUGGUGUUGUGUGGUAAAAUCCUGAGGUAG